GCUCCGUAGCGUGCGUCGCGAUGACGUCACCGCGAAACUGAAAGCAGCACGGCAGCGCUGUGAUGGAGAUGAGCCGAAGCUUACCUCUGGACUGUCUGAUCAGUGUUUUCUCGCUGCUUCAGGAUGAAGAUUUAACCAGAUCAUCCACAGUCUGUAAGGAAUGGUAUCAUGCUGCAGAGACGCCGUGGUUGUGGAGGAGAAUGUGUCUGCAGAGAUGGAGCUUCUGCAAUGUUUCCCAGCUUCUCUCGGACACGGGAACACACUCGUGGAAGGCGUAUUACCUGCGCCGCUCUCACCUGGAGAUGAAGAUGAAAACAGGCAGGUCAUGUGCGGACUACACCUGCAAAAGCCUCCGAGGCCAUAAAGGCAGGGUUGUUGGCUUUGCAUACCUGGUUGGAAACGACGGCUGCUCAGAUGUUUGGAAGCAGACUCCAGUGGUCUGCAGUGCAUCUACAGACGGCACAGUCAAAGCAUGGGACAUUCACAAGGGUGUUAAUGUAUGGUCAAGCCCUGCUCAGAGCCCCAUGCAGGACAUCACAGUUGAUGCGGGGCAGUCUGUUGUUGUCACUUCUGAUGCCACGGGAGCAAUCAAAACCUGGAAGGGUGCGACUGGGGAGGAGGUGGCCUGCUUCCAGUCUGGAUUCUCUAAGACCACACUGCUGUCAUUCAACAACAAAGACCGCUCUUUCCUCAUGUGUGACGUCAGUGAAUGUGUAGUGUGUGCUGCAGGCGGAACUGUUCUAGGGUCUCUGGUGGUCUUGACUUGCCCUGCGCUGUCUGAAGUCUCGAGGCACGUGGUGUGCGACUCCUUCAGUUUAAACCUCCUCCGCUCAUCGCCAGAUAAAAAAUGGGUUCUCGCUGCCUCCAAAGAAAAUUUUGACUUGAGUCCAAAGGUUUUCUGCAGUGAGAGUGUGUGUUUCCCUGCUGAAGAUGAGGACAGUCAGAGUCUGAGUCUGCCAGUCGCUGGCUGUUGUGCCGCCGUGUUUCUCCCGUCUCAACCCGCUCGGCUCGCACUCAUCCAUUCUGACAGCCGCUUCAACAACAAAACACUCUCAGUCUUUGACCUGGCCAUGAAGGAAUCCAAAUACAAAAAGGAAAUACAAGCUCAGCAAGUCGCCUCUUUUCAGGUGGCGCUAAGCCAUCGUUCAGACAUCAUUCUCGAGGCGAGAGGGAGCAGCACUCUUCUAGUUACAGACGGAAACCAUCUGAAGGUCUACACAUUUAAAGGAGAACUCAUUGCUAGUUUUGAAGACCAUUCACAGCCAAUCACUGCUCUUUGUGUGGACAGUUUUCGGGUGGUGACAGCCUCUCGUGACCUGUCUCUCAGAAUACUGACCUGGAGAAAUGAUCCAGAGCAUGGGCUUACACUCGAGAGCCAGUAUCAAUUGCUCGGAGGCUCCUUAACAAGAUCCAGGGGAUUCACCAGCGUUGCCUGUGAUCAUUCGAGUAUUGUGGCCUCUGUGGAGUCAGUGGAUGGGAACGAUGUUCUGAAGGCUUAUACCUUUGAUUUCUGACCUAAAACCACCAGACGUAUUCAGAUCUUUUGUACUUACUGACCAGAUCCAUGUAUAGCAUGAUAGUGCCAAAGAUGCUCUUACAUUGAUGAGUCAAUCAUUGAAAACAGUAAGAACUAAUAUUUUUCACAGAGGUAGGAUUGUUUGCAAAAAAUAAUAUAACUAUAACUUUUCUUCCUUGCAAUAAAGCCAAUCUCAGUUAGCCUUCACAUCUUUAUGCAAAUGUAAAAUGAAGAUUUAAUUUCUAGUGUGCAAUCUAUUUAUUUUAUUACAAAUAACUGUACAAACAUGGUACAAAAAUUAGAGGUUUCAGUUGCAAUGCUGUCAAGUAUUAGCACUAUGGCACGUAAUAUACAGUGUAUGGUAUUUCUUUUACAUCAAACAAUUUACCAUGUAAAACACAUUUUCUAACUUCUAAAAAUGGAACAAUAAUAAUUCAGUCUAUCUGUGGGAUACAUCACAUGCUGGAUUCUUCAUCUACACCGAGACCUGAGGAACGACCAAAGAAACUGCAGCAGCAGAUGUGUAGAGCUAGUCUUAGAUGUUGGACAAAGAUGUAAAUAAACUCAUUCUCUUUGAAGUUAA